CUAAUCUGAAAUAGUUAAAUUUUCAGUGUGAUCUCCCAGGAAAUUGCUUGUUCUACUCGAUUCAGCUCGCAACGUCAUCAACUAUUUAGUAACACUUGCUUUAGUCGUUGACAAUUUUAGUGACUUCAUCAUCAAUCGAAACUGGCCCAAUCUUUGCUAUCGACUACAUCGAUUUGCUAUAUCAGUCAGGAUUUUUUUUUUUGAAAUAAAGUCAAGUAGGAUUUUUUUGGAAGAUUGGCAAACAGGAAUUUCACCAGAAACAUUUACGCGGAUACGCUUCGUAGCUGACAUCGAUGCGAAUGCGAUACCUCCGUUCCAUUCAUCUCGUCCGUCAAUUCCACGCACCCCCUUCUCCGCCGAACACUGGGACUCGGACCCCACCUCUCGCCGUCGACGAACGCCGCCGGCGAGGCAUCGCCGAUGACCACCUCCGGCGCGCCCACGCCCCCACGCUUCAAGCGCUCCUCCCCCAGGAAGAAGUCCCAGCUAAGGAGCCGCCGCCUCACCGCCGGAGAGGCCGAGGCUGCUGGGGGCCCGGCGUCGGCGAGAGCGCCACUUCCCUCACCGCUGGAGGUGGACGCGGUGCCGCGUAUUGGGCGCGCAUUGCCGCAAGAGUUCUUCGAGGUGGAUGCCCUCGUCCUCGCCCCCCGCCUCCUAGGCAAGCUACUGCGCCGCGACGAAGUCAUCCUUCGCAUCACAGAGGUGGAGGCCUACAGGCCAAAUGAUUCCGCAUGCCAUGGCCGGUUCGGCAUCACGGCGAGGACUGCUCCAGUGUUUGGACCGGCUGGCCAUGCAUAUGUUUAUCUAUGCUAUGGGCUCCACAUGAUGCUCAAUGUUGUUGCUGACAUGGAGGGUGUUGGUGCUGUUGUUUUGAUCCGGUCAUGUUCUCCGGUUACCGGUCUUGAAACUCUUCAGCGGCGCCGAGGUCAACAAACAGAGAAACCAAUUCUACUUACAGGACCAGGAAAGGUUGGACAAGCUCUGGGCCUAUCCACUGAUUGGUCGAAUCAUCCACUUUACACACCUGGUGGGUUGGAAGUGUUGGACGGGUCAGAGCCGGAGGCCAUUCUGGUUGGUCCCCGUGUGGGCAUCGAUUACGCGUCUCCCAAGCAUGUCGCGGCGCCGUGGAGGUUCGCCAUUGCCGGAACUCCGUGGAUUAGCGCCCCCAAAAAUACCCUUCGGCCACGCUGAAGACCUGAAGGUAGUACGGGAAAGCACGAGGAUGAACAUGAACGAACAGAUAUCUCGCAAGCAGCAGCUUAGUCCAGUUUCAAACAUUCUUGUGUUUUUAUUUUGUUUGAAAACAAAGGGUGACCCUUUAAUACUUGUACAGAAGGCAGCAAAAACUCUCCACCUUAAAUUGCCAAUGAACCGCCGCUGGGCAUCAGGCGUGACGAAUCA